AUGAUGAUGAAGUCGUUGAUUUGUCUCUCUCUCGUCCUCCUCCCUCUCAUCUCCGUCGUGGAAGGCGGUCUUCUCGGUGGAUGGAAGCCGAUCAAGGACGUAUCGGAUACGAACGUCGUUGAUCUCGCCAAGUAUGCGAUUGAAGAGCAUAACAGGCAAUCGAAGGCGAAUCUGGUGUUCGAGAAGGUUGUUCAGGGGAAGGAGCAAGUGGUCUCCGGUAAAAAGUACGAUCUGACCAUCGCGGCGAAGAGUUACGGCGGUGCGUCGAAGAACUACCAGGCCAUCGUGCUUGAAAGGGCGUGGGAACAUUUCAGGAACCUUGAAUCGUUCAAGGCAUUAUAG